AUGGCCAGCAUACGUGCGCAGUCGCUGCUGUUGCUGCUGCGGCUUAUGUUGCUGCCGUUGCUGUUGCUGCUGUUGACAGGCGGCGCACAGGGCACGCGACUGCCGCUCGAGGUUUACGAGCUGACGCCAACGGCCAGCAGCGCCGAGAGUGAGGCCAAGCUCAAGAGCCUGGAGUAUGCGAUCUACGAUGCCAAAGACACAGCAACAGCCACAACAACAACAGGUGCCAAGACAGCAGCAGCAGCAGCAACAACUACCACCAGCAGCACAGCGCGACCAAGCAGCGAGAAGCCGCUAACUGUAGAUGUGGUCAGCGUCUCAGCGGAACAGCAGCAGCCAGCGCCGCAGCCUGCUAUGGGCAGACGCGCGCGCCAAAUGCUGCAGCAGCAACAUAGAGCCACCAGCAGCAGCACUAAGCAUGCGCGCAGCGGCAAGGAUCUGCGCAUACUCUAUCAAGUUGGGGACUCAGAGGCCGAUUUGCCUGUGUGUGCACCGAAUGCGGUUUGCUCCAAAAUCGAUCUGUACGAGACACCUUGGAUAGAGCGCCAGUGCCGCUGUCCCGAAUCGAAUCGCAUGCCCAACAAUGUGAUCGUGCAUCAUCAUGAGCACGGCCACGGCCUGCCCGAGGGUCAGAAGCAUCGCAGCUACUACGAAAAGGAGAAACACAAGCGUUUGCUGCUAGGCGACGGACUCUACCGGGACAAGCGCUACGAGAGUUUACAUUUGAAGAAGCUGAUGCAAAAGCUGGGCGCUGUCUACGAGGACGACCUGCAGCUGCAGUCGAGCGACUAUGUGGAACGCUCGCCCGACUAUAAUGAGGCGCUGCCACCCAGCUACGAGCAGGUGGCGGAUAAUGAGCUGCCACACGUGCCGUCGCGUGGUGGCACGCAUAUGCGACACUCGGGUCAUCGCGGCCAAAAGGAGGCGACCAGCUUCAUAGGCGGCUGCCCCAGCAGCCUGGGCGUAGAGGACGGACACACCAUAGCGGACAAGACCAGGCACUACAAGCUAUGCCAGCCCGUGCACAAGCUGCCCAUUUGCAAACACUUCCGUGACUACACCUGGACGCUGACCACGGCCUUGGAGCUGAAUGUGACUGAGCAAAUAGUGCAUUGUCGCUGUCCCAAGAACUCGGUGACCUACCUAACCAAACGAGAGCCGGCACCCAAUAGUUCAACAGCCUAUCGCUAUCUAUUCGCCUGCUCGCCGAUGACACGUCUGCGUUGUCAGCGCAAGCAGCCCUGCAAGCUGUUCACGGUGCGCAAACGUCAGGAGUUUCUGGAUGAGGUCAAUAUCAAUUCGCUGUGCCAAUGUCCCAAGGGUCAUCGCUGUCCCAGCCAUCAUACACAGUCGGGCGUCAUAGCGGGCGAAAGCUUUCUCGAGGAUAAUAUAGAAACCUAUUCCGGCUACUGCAUGGCCAACGAUUGAAUACUAUCUAUGGAUAUAUACGUGGGUUUAUAGGUUUAGCUAGCACUAUGCAUAUAAGUCGACUGAGCCAAUUGAGUCUCGCCAAGUUAACAAUUAAACUGAACCAGAAAACUAUACAAACUACAACUAAUAUGUGUGAGAGAGUGUGUGGGUGUGUGUGUGUAUGGGUGUGUGAGUGUGUUGUGUGUAAAGGUUCUUUUGUUGUUCAUAUUGAAGUGAAACAUAUAAUAAUAAUAUCUAUAUGCAUACGAAUAUUUAAUUAGUUCUAAGACGCAGUUUUGUUAUACAAAUCAUUUGUAAUGAAUAUUUAUAAAGAGCGUUAUCCUAACUCUAUACAACCCACUUUCCAAAACUCUAUCUCUAACAUUAACUGU